GUUUCAAUUUCCCGCCCACGCUGAAAAGAACAAAAUCUCGUUCCUUCCACACUUCACUCGAGCGGCGAAAAUGGGGGAUUGGAUUUGAAUCGGCAGAGGAGAAAGCUGUCCUAGCGGUCACCAUGAACAACUACCAUGUAUACGAGGCCAUCGGCCGCGGCAAGCACUCUACUGUUUAUAAGGGAAGAAUGAAGAAAUCGAUUGAGUAUUAUGCCAUCAAAAGCGUCGACAAAUCACAGAGGUCGAAGAUCCUCCAUGAAGUGAAGAUGUUUCAUGAUUUGGACCAUCCAAAUAUUUUAAAAUUCUAUUCUUGGUAUGAAAGCUCGGCUCACCUUUGGUUGAUACUGGAAUACUGCGUUGGUAGAGAUCUCAUGAGUUUACUGAAGGAGGAUGGGCGACUUCCCGAAGACUCAAUACAUGACUUAGCUCAUGAUAUCGUCAAGGCUCUACAGUUUCUUCACUCAAAAGGAAUAAUUUACUGCGAUUUAAAGCCAUCAAACAUUUUACUAGAUGAGAAUGGACAUAUGAAGCUUUGUGAUUUUGGUUUGGCAACAAGGCUAAGUGAAAUAGAGAAGAAUUCUCAUGACAUGGUCAAGCGAGGCACACCUUGCUAUAUGGCUCCAGAGCUAUUUAAGGAUGGGGGAGUGAAUUCUUAUGCAUCUGAUUUCUGGGCGCUAGGUUGUGUUUUGUAUGAGUGCUUUGCUGGAAGGCCUCCUUUCAUAGGAAAUGAAUUUACAAAGUUAGCAAAAUCCAUUCUCUUAGAUUCUACUCCAGACCUUCCCAAUAACCCGUCAAAUGCUUUUGUGGAUUUGGUUAAUAGUUUGCUAAUUAAAAAUCCAGCAGAAAGGUUAAACUGGGCUGAACUUUGCGAACAUAGGUUUUGGCGAACGAAGUUCACUUCUGUUUUUCUACCUCCUCAACCUGCUUUCAGUAACAUGCUUCAUUUAUUUGCUAAACCAUUGCUUACUGAAAGAAAUGGUGAAAGACCUUCGCAACAAAGCACACCUACAAAAGGCCGAGAAAGCAAUGCAAGUGAUGGAAGUUCUUCUAGAAGGAAAAAGAUAUUUGAGACACCUCCUAAAAAUGCUAACUUCACUCGGAAAGUCCAAGCUAAAGCUGCUGAUGCAGUUAUUGAAGAUAAGCGAAAAGUGGUCGAACAUUCUGGAAAGGAUGUCAAUAUUCUUAGACUUUCAAGGUUGGCCAAAAUGAACCUUCAAAGAGAGAAUGAAAAGGAAAACUACAGGAUUCCUCUUGCUAGAGAAUGUGAAAAUAAUGCUGAUGUGAAGAUUGACAACACUGACAUGGAACUUGAUUUUAGUGAAAUCCCGGAGGAUGAUCCGUCUGAUGAAACUGAUGCUUCAGAGAGUCCUGCUAUUUGUCUCAGUGAAAAACCUACCAUAGAUAAUUCCAUUCCGGAUACUGUAGCAACAGAGAAUGACAUAAGCCAACAAGCUGCAGCUAGUGAUGGUCAUGUGAUGCCUGAAGGCUCAAAGAAACCUGAGAAAGAUGCUCAUUCUGAAAAAAAUGAAAUUGGUGCUACUCCUUCUACCGUCUAUCUUCAAAGAACCGGUCAUCGGUCUAGAGCAGCUUCUGAAGCUGACCCCGAUACAGAGUCAUCUAGAAUAUCUAGUAAUAUCUUUCAAGUAUUUUGGCAUCCGACAGACCACUCAGUCAAACCUGUGAUGCCCAGCCGCAAGAGCAGCAAAACUUCAGAUGCAAUCCCGUCUCUUCCUUUUGGUGCUGUAACAUCAUCUGAGUACGUUAAGUUGCUGCCUGAACAGCUAAGCGCGCUUAAUACUCAAAUAAUUCAUGGUCUCAGUGGGAGCCCUCAAAUUUCAGAGAAAGUUAUCAGAUACUUAGAAAUAUUAAGUUCAAAUUCUGAUGCGGCUAACCUAAUAAUGAACGGGGCAAUAAUGCCGUCACUUGUAAAGAUGCUGAGACAUCCGAAGUCCUCCGUCCUCCGUGUGCAGAUUGCUUCGGUGGUAGGUUUAUUUAUUCGCCACUCCACUUACAUUGAAACUGAGUUGGCUAGUUCUGGUAUUAUCGAUGCUCUCGUCCAUGGCUUAAGGGAUAAACAAGACAAAGUGAGGAGGUUCUCUAUGGCUGCAUUGGGAGAGCUGCUGUUCUACAUUUCCACACUGAAUUAUACUGUCGGGAAAGAUAACUGUGCUAGUGAAUCCCCAUCAAAGGACAAAAAAUCAUCUAGUUGGCAGGUGUCCAAUUCGCUAAUUGGUUUGGUAUCAUCAAUUUUGCGCAAGGGUGAAGAUGAUGUAGUUCAGUUGUAUGUGCUAAAAACAAUUGACAACAUCUGCAGUCAAGGGGAAGAAUGGACAGCUCGUUUUGGUAGCCAUGAUGUUAUUGGGAAUCUCUGUUACAUAUAUAAAGCCACAGGCAAGCAGGAGAGUACAAAGCUUAUUGCUGGUUCUUGUUUAGUCCGCCUGGCUCAUUUCAGCCCGUUGACCAUACAAUUGAUCUUUGAGAAGCUUUCAAUCAAAGAUACAGCUUCUUCUGUCCUUAAGAGCAGUCACCCUCGUGAAAAACAAAUUUGCUUAAAUCUCCUUAACAUGGCCUUUCUUAAUAACCAUUUGUUAUCUGGCAUGUUGCGGCAUCUUUCAUCAUUGAUGGAGGAGUUGGUUCCAGGACUAAUAUCACUUAUUGAACAGGGAAAUGAGGUUUUACGUGGAAAAGCACUUAUUUUUGUUGCUCUUCUCUGCAAAAAUAGUCGUAGGUGGAUCUCUAGAUUUCUUUGCAAUGCUAGACUGCUAUCUACGGUCGACCGGUUGGUGAAGGAGAAGGACAGUUUCCUUCAGCCGUGCAUGGAGACCUUUGUACAGAUAGUUUCUUCUACAGUGCCUGAGAUACUUGAAGCUGUUUCUGUAGAUAUACAGCAGAUUAUGGGAGGCAAACGACAUGGUUUUGUGGCUUCUGUAACUGCAAGAAACAACACAAAAAAUACAUCUGAUCUGUUUCCGUCUGUUCUAAAUCUUCUUGGAAGCUUAUCUUUCAAGCAUAGAGUAGUAAGCAACCAUGUUUUGUUCCAGCUGGCAAAUAUCGGAAAGCUUUUAGAAUCUCCUUUCCAGGGACGAGAUGAUUUCCAGAUAACUUUGCUGCAGAUACUUGAAGCAGUUACAGAGGAACCAUCUGUAAUUCUUAAUAAUCCCCAAAUUUUCACUGGUCGAAUUCUUCCUGGUCUUGCCACUUUAUACAAGGGUAACAAAGAUGGAGAUGCUAGAUUUCUGUGUCUGAAAAUAUUGUUUGAUGUGAUGAUGGUGAUUCUAAGUGACACCUCAGAUGUUUUGAAAAAUGAUGAUGAGCAGGUUCUGAAGGCCUUGAAUGUGAUAUCACACGAACAUUUUCUUCCUCUUUAUCCCAAUUUUAUUGAGGAUGAAGAUCCCAUUCCAAUGUAUGCUCAGAAGCUUCUGGUGAUGCUAAUAGAGUUUAAGUACAUCAAGAUUUCUGAUAUUUUGCAUCUUGAAACAGUUUCACAGUGCUUUGAGUUUUUACUUAGUGAUCUGUCUCUUGCAAAUGUGAAUAAUGUGAAGCUCUGCCUUGCGUUGGCUUCUGCUCCUGAGAUGGAUACCAGGAUAUUAUCUCAUGUACAAGUUGUUAGAAGGAUUGGAAACCUUCUCGAGUUUGUGAACGCAAAUGGCAUGGAAGAUUUCCUGGAACCAACACUUGCUCUCUGCAAGGCAUUCCUUCUGCGUAGCAUAGGAACCAAGAAUGGAUUAAUUAUAAGCAAGGAACCAGCUCUCCUAACCCAAUUUGCCUUUAACACAACCCUUGAUGCUGAUCAACAAUAUUGCAUCGCGGAUAUAUCUGAUUUCAGUGGUCACAUUAGUGCAUUUUUAGAACUGAUUAGCAACUCCGAUGCACAAAUUUCAGAUUUGGCUUCUGAAUGUGUGAUUUUUCUGCUCAAAGCAGCAUCAAGAGAAGCUACGACGGGUCUAUUGACGAAUCUUCCUAAAAUUAGCAGACUUUUGGAAAGGUUGGAUGAGGUAGAUUCUAUGUUGAAGUUGGUGCGGCUGUUAUAUGCUGUUGCUUUUGCCUGUAAGCAAUAUUUAUCACAGGCGAUGAUACUCUCAAUCUCUAUGCCAGACGUGAUGCGGAUAGAAGUUCGGCUUUCAGAUCUUAAGAACUCACGCAUUUCUAUGAUUUCAGACGCUGCCUUAUAUUUAAGCCUAGAGUUGCAGCGAUUGCCUCGUUGUGUUUAAUUGAAUAUUGCUCGUCGCCUUGUCGGUAAAGUUUUUUAGAUGCCACUGUUCCUUAUUAUUCGUAUCCUGAUAUAUUUCCUUGUGAGCUCGGUGUACAUUUGGCUCCUGAACAGUUAACAUAUCAUCUCGAGGAAGUAAUGUUGAGGUAAAACUUAUUUGAGUUACAAGUGAAACGUAGAAAGAUUAGAGGGAGAGGAAAUGAUCGGAGCUCUCUCACCUUCUCUUCUAUACCCUUCAAUAACUCUCUUUGUUACUCACAUGAAGGUAUUGUAUGAUAUCUACCAAAUAUUUACCUGAAGGAAAUCGAGAACAUGAAAAUAUAUGAUUUAGGUUUCACUCUCAGGUCAUCCACAGUUUUGCAUGUGACUAUCAUUAUGGCUUGCUGCAUUAUUGACUUGGGCCUCUUUUAGACAGGUCAGUAUUUUUUGCUUCUUUAUUUUAUAUUGAAUUUCCUUGCUAUUUGUGUUCUCCUGGAUUUGAACAUACUUUGAGAAAGUCCUUGGUGGAUAUUCCUCCCCCAUUCGAACUAGGGGAUAGAUAAAGAUCAA